CACUGUCAGUGCUGCGCAGCACAAUCAGCGUUUACAGAACAGAGACUAGCAGAACAGUAGAUGUAUGGACAUGACUGUACAUGCUUUAGCAGUCAAGAAAUAUCAUUUCGAAUAGAACCCAAAUCUCUCCCUGACCAGUUUCGACUGAAAUUGUCCACCAUUAAGUGUGCUAGCUUAGUUCGUUGCUAGCUAAAUGGUAGCCUGCAGAGACACACCGAGCGUUGUGCUAAUAGCAGGCGGCGGCGCCACAUAGCGGCGAAUCCAUCCCAGAAGAAGAGCGUUGCUUAGCAACGACAAGGCAAACAAACUCUUGCACUACAGCUAGUAGAGUUAGCUAGUUCAAUAGUUUACAACCGCUCUCAACUCAACUUAUAAAGACUUAUUUUUGCUUGCAAAUAACGUUUGGAGAUUUAUUGUUACAAAUUGUGUUCUCAGAUGGUACAUUAAUAAGAUGGCUGGCAAAAAGAAAGAAGUAAGCUUGCAGGCGUCUCUCGCAAACCAAGAGCAAUGGGAUGAGAUGCUCGCAACUAAAGGUUUAACAGUUGUAGAUGUCUACCAGCAGUGGUGUGGUCCAUGCCGUGCUGUUGUCAGCUUACUGAGGAAGAUCAAAAAUGAACUGGGAGAUGACUUGUUACAUUUUGCCACAGCAAAAGCUGACAGUAUCGAUGCUCUAGAAAGGUACAGGGGGAAGUGUGAGCCCACCUUCCUGUUCUAUGGGGGGGGGGAGAUGGUCUCAGUCCUACGGGGGGCUAAUGCUCCUCUCCUCCAGAGGAUGGUGUUGGAGGAACUGGCCAGGGAGAAGACUGUCCUGGAGGAGGGAGGGGAACGCAGAGUGGUGAAAGAUGAAGGUUUGAUAGAUGAAGAAGAGGAGAAGGAUCAAAGUGAUGAAGAUAUACUUGUUCCAGACAGUAAAUCCUACACGGUGGCCAUCAUCAAACCAAACGCAGUGGCUCACGGCAAAGCCAGUGAGAUUAUCGUGAAGAUUCAGGAUGCCGGGUUUGAGAUCCUAGUCCACGAGGAGAGAACGCUGAGCGACUCUGAAGCACGAGAUUUCUACCAGAACAAAGUAGGAGAGGCCUGUUUUGAGGACCUGAUCCAGUUCAUGUCCAGUGGCCCCUCUCACAUCCUGGUGGUCUCUCAGAGGGAGGGGUCAGGUCAUGUGGUGCCAGCAUGGAGGGAGUUCAUUGGUCCAGCAGACAUAGAGGAAGCCAGGAGGGAUAAACCUGAGAGCCUACGUGCCCUGUAUGGCAGUGAAACCCUGUUCAACGCGCUCCACGGUAGUGACGACAGCCAUCAGGCCAGGAGGGAGCUGGCCUUCUUCUUCCCCAGCUUCAGGACUUCUUCCCGGGCAGAGCAGCACGAGGAGGAAGGGCGAGUGGAGAGGACACUGGCUCUCAUCCGACCCGACCUCGCCAGGGAGAGCAGAGAUGAGAUCUUGUCUCGUCUCCAUGAGGCUGGCUUCACUGUGUCUCUCCAGAGAGAGGUGAUAUUAACAGAGGAACAGGCCAGAUGGUUCUACAGACGACAUGUUGACCAGGACUACUUCCCUGCCCUACUGCACAACAUGACCAGUGGUCCUGUGUUGGCUCUGGCCCUGGCCAGGACAGGAGCUGUGGACCACUUGAGGAACCUUCUGGGCCCUAAAGACGUCAGCAAGGCCAGGGAGGAGCAGCCCGACUGCCUCAGAGCCCAGUUCAUGGUGGCCAGUGAGGAGGACCAGCUGAACCAGCUCCAUGGCAGUGCCAGCAGGGAGGAGGCAGAGGAGGAGAUUGACUUCUUCUUCCCUAAACAGCAGACUCUGGCCAUCAUUAAGCCUGACUCCAUGGACGAACAUAGAGAGGAGAUCCUGGGGGAGAUCCGUGCUGCGGGUUUCUCUAUAUCUCGGCUGAAGGAGACGGUGUUGUCUAGAGACACGGCUGAGGAGUUCUACAGGGAACACAGAGACAAACCGUUCUACAGUCAGCUGGUUGACUUCAUGUGCAGCGGCCCCUGUAUGCUGCUGGUGCUGACCAAGGAAAAUGCUGUGGAGGAGUGGCGGUCCAUGAUGGGCCCCACAGACCCUGGCCUGGCCCAGGUGACGGCCCCGGGGUCCCUGAGGGCCCGCUUCGCCUUAGACAUCCUCCACAACGCCCUUCACGGCUCCUCCAAUCAGGAGCAUGCCCAGGAGAAGAUACACUUCCUGUUUGGUGAUAUCAUCACCUCAGACGGAGACCUGACCAGCAAUGGGGAACUGGAUCCCACAUCGCUAGAUCUCAUGGCUUCAGACAAAUCAGGUUGUACAACUGCAAAAAUGACAGAACAUGUUGAAUCAGGAAGUCCAGAGAGCCAUCGAGAGCAUGUUGAUUCAGGAAGUCCAGAGAGCCAUCGAGAGCAUGUUGAAUCAGGAAGUCCAGAGAGCCAUCGAGAGCAUGUUGAAUCAGGAAGUCCAGAGAGCCAUCAAGAGCAUGUUGAAUCAGGAAGUCCAGAGAGCCAUCAAGAGCAUGUUGAUUCAGGAAGUCCAGAGAGCCAUCAAGAGCAUGUUGAUUCAGGAAGUCCAGAGAGCCAUCAAGAGCAUGUUGAUUCAGGAAGUCCAGAGAGCCAUCAAGAGCAUGUUGAGCGGGCAACAUCCACGUCAGACACACCUAGUGUCACAAGCAAAGAAGGGGAAGGUGAUCAGACACCGGUCUGAAGAAGAAGGAUCAACAGAUCCCCAGUAGAGAUCCCCAGGACAGAUCCCCAGUAGAGAUCCCCAGUAGAGAUCCUCAGGACAUAUCCCCAGUAGAGAUCCCCAGUAGAGAUCCCCAGGACAGAUCCCCAGGACGGAUCCCCAGGACGGAUCCCCAGGACAGAUCCCCAGGACAGAUCCCCAGUAGAGAUCCUCAGGACAGAUCCCCAGUAGAGAUCCCCAGGACGGAUCCCCAGGACGGAUCCCCAGGACAGAUCCCUAGGACAGAUCCCUAGGACAGAUCCCUAGGACGGAUCCCCAGGACAGAUUCCCAAGACGGAUCCCCAGUAGAGAUCCCCAAGACAGAUCCCCAGUAGAGAUCCCCAAGACAGAUCCCCAGUAGAGAUCCCCAUGACAGAUCCCCAGUAGAGAUCCCCAUGACAGAUCCCCAGUAGAGAUCCCCAGGACUCUGAUCAUCCAAGUUAAGACUGAAUCGCCGUCGUCUUUCAGAUACAACAAAUGAACAAUACCACUACAGUACAUUAUCAUGUUACUUCAUUUGAAUGUUGUGAAAAAUAAAAUACAAAUCUUA